GUGUGUGUAUGUGUAUAUUUGUACGAUCGUACACAACCUUAAAGUAUCCGAAAUUCAAUUCCUCGCGAGCCAAUGAAGUUGAGUCAUCGAUCUUUCAUAUAAAAGAUGCGAAAGCGUGAUUGGCGGAGAGCAAAUUAGUCGUGUCGCUUAUUGGUUACUUUGCCUUUCUGUGAACUCGCCGUGACGUUGCAGCGAAGUACGGUUUUGUAGCUCGUAUAGCGCAGGCGCCACUGAUGCAGUACACGUCUGUGUACACCGCUGGUGUGCACGGCGGUUCUUCGUCGGUUAAGAGAAAAAAAGAGCGAAAGAAAAGGGAGAAAGAAAAAGUGAUAUAUAUAUAUAUAUAUGUAUAUAAAAAAAAAAGAGGGAAAAAAAAGAAAUAAAAAUAAACGGGAGUCAGGAACUAAAAGAGUUCCCACGGCUUACGGUGUAUUUUUAAAGUGGUACGGCAAGAUUAUGUAGUGUCCGGUGUCGGUGAAUAAUCGGAAGUAGAAGGAAGAGAGGCGCGGGUCAGGCUUUCGUAGCGGCAAGGAGAAACGUGAGUAAAGAUCACCGCAAGGCAAUGAAGAUGAGUUUCUCUCUAUCCUCACUUCAGCCUUCUAGCAACAGUCUAGAAAGGCGGAAGCAAGUGAGCAUGCCGUUAGAAAGACCGUACAACAGUCUUACCAAAAAAAGAAAAGAUCCAAAACAAAUGCAAUGUCAAAGAAUGUGGACUAACAGAGAAGAUAGCAAAGAUGACUUUUGGGCCGCAAUACGGUCCAAUUAUGAUUAUAUUAUGGAUACUAAUUUAAUAGAUAGUUGUAAGGAAGCUAAUGGUGAAUUAACCUGGGACGAGACAGACGUAUCCACUCAGUCCUGGAGUUUGAAGGAAGUUAGUUGCCAAUUUUCAGAGCUUUAUUCGUGGUUAAGAGUCCUUCAGGAAUUAGUUUAUUCUAAAGAAGAAAAUCUUUUGGACAAAAGCCUACGUGCGGCUCACAUGGAGGAGUUGCGACGUAGGGCAUAUAGAAGAAAAUUGUUCAACGAACAAGCAGAAAAAUUAGUAGCAUGCACCCCUGCAUUAAAAGAUGAAGUGGCGUGGCGUGUUAAUCAUUUGAAUGCAAAGUGGGAAUUAGUAGAACAAAUUAUGGCACCUGUAGAACGGACUGUGUCCGACGAACAGGACGUAUCUGCAGACUUUGAACACGAAGUGAGAUGUUUAAGAAAAUGGUUACGAGAAAUGGAAUCGCGUUUGAAGCCAUUGAGUUUUCACGUAGAUUGGACUUUAGCAGAAUUAGAAGAAAAGGCAAUGGAGCAUAUGAUACUCCAACGAGACAUAGAGGCACACGGGCGUAUCGUAAGCUCGGUCGUGAAGUUGAGCGAGAGAGUGUUCAAGCAACGACAGCAACAGUCGGCCCAAUCAUUGAGAGUCGCGAGAUCGCUCGAGCGUCGCUGGCAUCUUCUCUUUUUGCGUGCACUCGAGUGGCAGUGUCAUAUCGAAACCCUUGCGUCGCGAGCGAGCAAUAAGAGUGGCGUUUCUUGCCAAUGCAGUAGCGAGAGCGACGAGGAGCCGGUCACGAAACAGCCUCGCUUGAGUCGUAGCAGACAAUCUUGUGGCUCCGGAAGAGAAUCUCCUGCCUCCGCUGGUACUACUCCGACUACAACGAUCACUAACAGCACUACUACAACUACAACUACUAUUACUACUACUACUAGUACUACUUCUAAAUACGUUCGUACGAAGCAAACAAAGCGUUUUAGAUCUCGAAUAAGGAGAGAUUCUGAGAGAACGAAUAGUUCAAGAAACGAAUUUUCGGAUAGCGAUGCUUCGUCCGAGAUUCGAUCCAUCGACGAAGGAUCCUACUUUGAGGAUGAAUUAUGUCAAUUCUGUGUGAUGGAUGCUAAGUUCGAGGAGGCAGAAAGUAGUAUCACUAGAAUAGCUCACGGAGUAGCGAUAGAAACGGGAGACCAGGGGGAAGAGGCUGACGUAGAAGAAGAGGAAAGAGACGACAUGCCGCCGACACCUAAUACCGCACCGAUGACGUCGUCUACGACGACGAUAAUACGAAACCAGACGGCUGAACAGGCUAAAGAAUCCGUACCAUCGAAAGAGACCCUGAAGAGACGUCGUUCUCCAACACCAUCCACAAGUGCAUCACCGAUUGAGGAGACAGCUUCCUUCAACACAUCCGACAGAAAAUCAAAGAACUGCGCCAUCUUUUAUUUCAAACAUUUAGAUACGGAUUCGGAGGUGGAUUGUUGUCAGGCGAACGAAGAAUCCGCGAACAUGGUGGAUGAUUCCUCCGAGGAAGAAUGGACUUAUACGUCCUCCCGUGCUAAUAAUUAUGUCUGUUCGGAGGAGAGGAAGACAAACGUAGUCGUUCGAUUAGAUUUCGACGAGACGCCGCGUGUUAGCAUGAAUGAGAAUCUGCGAUUUGUAGAAAACGAUGAUAGAAUGGCUAAAGUCAAAGAGAACGAAGAGAUGGAGGAGCAGAGAAUAUCGAAGAGACCGACGAAGAAUGUCGAUCGCGAGGAAGAGGAGGAGGAAGAAGACGAAGAGGAGGAGGAGGAGGAGGAGGAGGAGGAGGAGGAGGAGGAGGUGGCAGCGAUAGCGGAUACUCCGGAAAAGGAUAGCGAUGACGAUGCGAAGAGCGACAAAGCUAGCAUAGGAAGAUUGAUAAAGGAAGUAGAAAAGUUGGUGAGGGAAGAGAGACAGGCUACUUUUCCCAGAACGUUUCCUCCUUUGAUAUUUGAGGAAAAAAAGGGGGCAACGAUGAAUCACCGGGCGAAAUAUGCUCGUAUAAAGGAAUGGUUGAGAAUGAACUCAGCAAGAGGUCAUGAAGUUGCGAGGACGGGCUUGUUACAGCCCCUAGACAGCUGUGACGCGAGUGGGGAAUAUACGACGGAGGAAUCCGACGGGGAGAGGCAAUCUGUCUCGUCGGAGGAUCUGCAGAGUAGUGUCGCGACCUAUCGUCGCUUUGAAAGCGGAGCUCUCGGCCGAGCACAAUCGCAGUCGAUGUCGCAAGAAAUAAUCGAGGACUUUGAUAAAACGCCCGUCAAUGAGAACCGUUCGGUAUUGGAUAGUAGUACACCAAAAGUUAUAAUGCGUUCGAGACAGAAAACGAAUGGUCCUAGACCUUGGAGCGUUUCUUGCAUAUCGCAGAUAGCUUCGAGCUCCGGAUUGAAUCAGGUCAAUGAUUCCAUCUCGCAAUUCUCGAUCUCGCAAUCGGAGACAGCUCUGCAUCAGCUCGUUGUAUCGCCGCCAACUAAAUCUAUAUCGUUGGAUGCUGCAGGUUUGCCUAAGUCAUUUAAUAAUUCAACGUCGACGUUGCUAGAGGAGUCGAUCAUAUGUCAAGACGGACGUACGGCUAGAAAUAGUUCAUUACGUAGGAAGAAAAGUAGGCUAAAGAAGAAACAUUUGGGUCGGAAGAGUGGUUCUAGCUCCGAAUGUGUUAGUGGAAAUCAUCAUUCGGCAGGAAGCGAUGGUAGUUUGAAUCAACAAAGAUCUCUUCGUAAGAUGAACACGAAUCGAGUUUUACGUGCAGUUUCAAGGGAAUGUUAUGGACAUUCGACGACUCUUGUUAAAUCUGGUUCCUUCUCAGGAUGUACCGCUCAUCAACAAUUAAACGCUGAAACAUUGCCCGUGGGCGAUCCUUCACUGGCAUUUGCUAUGCCCUGCUGUCGUGACUUGGUUGCUUCAACGGAGGCGGAAGAAGAGGAACGUAGUUGUAUCAAAGGUUGUUCCACUUACGAAGACAGUUUAUUAGACACUGUCCUCAAUAGCAAAGAACUCUGCAAUCGACAAUCUAACGUUGACAGUGACGUAGAAAUGAAUAGCCUUGGUAACAAUUCUUUCUCGGAGCAAGCUUGGGAUAAUUAUCAGGAAAAAUAUAUGAGCGAAACAUACAGCGAAGCGCCGGACGUAGAAACAGCACGAAGAUUGUUGGACUUUGGAGAUGAUUAUAGAAACUUUCUCGAUAGUCAAUCGGAUUGUGCUUCUAGUAUGAGUGCCCUUCCUGGUAGUUCAUCAGUGAUGCCACGAAAUCGGAUGCGCCAUGAAGUAACCGAUACUACCGAAGAUAGUGACAGCGACGUGGAAGACAUACGUAAUGUCCUUGAAAAGUCACAAUCGCAAUGCGUGCUUGCCGAAAAUCUUUUUUUAAGAUCAAAUGGAACUUUGCCGCAGGAAAGCUUCUGCAAAUUGUGUCUCUGUGUGUUUGCGUGUUUCAAGAGAAAAAAAGUCGAAGUGGAAAGUGCGUGCAGGGAGAAUUUAAGAUGUCUAAACACGUUGCUCGAAUCUAUUAGCGGAUCAUUCCGGACUGAGAAAUAUACGAAGCAAGUUCGUGGCGCAAUAGAAAGAUGGGAAUCGUUAGCAUCUCGGGUGGAGGAAAGUCGAAUGGCGAGUUCGCUUCAUCAGGAGUUAUCCGCGAUGCUGUUGGAAUUUAAAGCCUCGCACGACAGGCUUGUGGCUUACGAGAUCGUUUUGGAACAACCUCACAUUCUGGACGAGCGUAUUAAUCGAAUCACGGCAGAGUUGAUCGCUCUAAGGGAACGCAAGGCAGCGAUGUUGGCAUUGAACGUCUCGGCGCAUCGAUUGAUCACCGAUCUAGGUACCUCAACGUCUUUGAUUUUUACGGCCUUGAAGGACGGCGUAGCUGAUCUUUACAGAGUUUGGGACGAGACGUUUCAAAGAGGAAAUCAACGUCUAUGCGCUCUUCAAACUGUCCAACAAUUCAGCAUACGUCUGUCGGAACUCCAAUGCGAUUUACGUAGAGACAAGGACACCCUGGCGGUGCUGGACGUUGCUCUUCAAGCCGGUGCUACUUCGGAGGUUGCCUCUUCCGUACGUCACGUUGCUCGUCUUCUUUCAGAGAAGCAAGAGGUUCAUUCUCAGAACGAGACGGUGAUAAUGAACGAUGCGACGAUCGCGGAAGUAACUGCAUGUCCUCUGGCAAAGUUCACUGAUCAAUCGGCGACGUUGUUGAACCAAGAAGGUGGCUCACUAUCGGACAGUGGAAUAUCUGAUAGCGGUAGCGAGCAAGAGCUGAGCGAACGAGAACGUCGAUUGGCAGCUCUUCGUCGUCUGACGCGUAGCUUGGAGAAUCAACUCGAUCCAGGAAGCGAAGCUCUAACCGAACUUUGGAAAAGGGUCGAGGACGCUGAAAUCGAGCUACGUGAUUUACAGAAACAGUGUCGCGAAUUGAUCGUUCGUACUGCAGCCAGCGUUGAAAGUCGUACCGUUAAAAGAAUGUCUGGUCAACAUCAUUAUCGUACAGACAAACGCAAGAAGGCAUCUGGCAAUGGUGACAACAACUUUGAUGGCGAUGCAAUCAAAGAUCAAUCAGAGAUGGACUCUGGUUAUGUUGGUAUGACAAAAUCCGAGGACACUGGUGAUCCGGAGAACGAACCGGACAUUCCUCAUAGUUGGAUAUGGCGUAUCCUGAGGGCCGCGUUGCCCUUUCAGUUGGCUCUAGUCGCUCUUUUCUGUGCCGCCUGUCUUCUCGAACCACAUUGCUGCGAAGCGGCCAACACCCUCAAUCUCUCUUUGACUCCGCAGCUCCGUUACGUCAGAGGACCCCCUCCAGUGUAAAUAAACGUCGUGUCCAGUUCGACCGAUUCGUUACAGCACAGAAUAUGUGUGGGUGUUUGCGUGUAUGUGUAUGUGUAUGUGUACGUCACGUGUGCGUGUGUGUGUACAUAUGUGGUGUGUGUAUUCGUAUAUGUGUGUAUGCUCGAUGACACUGCCAUCGUUCGUAACUUGAUCGACAACUUUUUUCUUUCUAGUUUACGCAUGUCCUCGUUGUUUCCUUGAUAUAUAUAUAUAUAUAUAUAUAUAUAUAUAUGUAUGUAUGUAUGUAUAUAUGUAUAUAUGUAUAUGUAUGUAUGUUUUUGCACACUGCCUGCUUCGUCGUCAGAUCGACGAUUAAUUUUUCAUUACGCUCAAAUUUUCUUACGCGAGGAAUACUGGAAAGGGAUAGUCUUUGUUCGAAAAUUGAUUUAAAGAUUUCAUUGGAGAACUUGUUUAAUCGCUUCGUUCGAGUUACGACGAUCGAGCAUAUUUUUAUUUGUUCUUUUCUUUUUUUUUAUAUAUAUAUCUUUAUUUAUAGAAAUGCUAUUUAUCAAACAAAGACAUAAACGAGAGAAGACCGGGUAAGUAUAUACGUACUAUAUAUAUGUGUAUAUAUAUAUAUAUAUAGUACAUGAACGACCAUGUGUUGAGAAAGUUUUCAAAUGGAUUUACUAAUUUGAUAUGAUUGAUAUACAAUAUAUAUAUAUAUAAUAUAUACACGCAUGUGUGUGUAGAAGUUACACAAAGAUAUAUACGUAUAUCUAAUGUAUUCGAGAACGAAUACGAGGAAUAAUAUUUUUUACAGAGGACCGGUUAAUAUAAUAUGGCGAAUUUGAAGUCGCAACGACUAAUGACGUUAUAAUGAUUACAUGGAAGAUCAUAAUGAUCGAAUUGAAUUAUUAACGACCGGUUAACGAUAGAAUUCUUUCUUUAUUUUUUAUUGUUAGAAGAAGAAAUAUAUAUUUAUUGAAAGAUGUACGGCGGACCAAUAUGGCAGCCGAAUAUACCAUUUCCGAAUAAAAGCGGCUUGCUUUCGGAAGGUGAAAAACAUCGCGUAGAAUGAAAAAUCGAAAUUGAGUUCGGUUUAGACGUACCAGUAUUGCGAGUAUUUACACAUUAUACGUUACUAUUCUCGCAGAAAGAUUUAUACGACCCGGCUUUAAAGAGAGAGCCCUUUAUUUGUCUGGGUAGGAGGAGGAGAAAGAGGAAGUAGAAUAAGAAGAAGAAGAAAAAGAAGAAGAAGAAGAAGUAGAAGAAGAAGAAGAAGAAACAGGCGUAGAACGAAGUAGUAAAACCGAUUUUGUUUCUACUGUCGUUCCUCGAGACAGUGACAGAAUUGGAAAGUAGGCUCUGAUUUGAUGAUAAAGCCUUCGAAGGAAUCAGAUGGAUAGAUAGAUAGAUAGAGAGAGAAAGAGAAAGAGAAAGAGAAAGUGGAAGAAAGAGAAAGAUAGACAAAGAGAGAAAAAUGUAAGUUUCAUUGGGGAUAACGGGAAAUCGUUCUCCGGACCAGUAUUUUUCUAUUUUCGUCCAGAUUCACUGCACAUACGUACGUACGUAGCUUGUUAGAACAUGAUCUCCCGUCGCCAUCUUCAUUUCUCGUUAUCAUCGAACACACCACGGCUCGCUCACGUUUUCGCCAUUUAUUUCGUCUUUCGUUUUUGCUUUUUUUUUCUUUUUAAUGCUUUUUUUCUCAAUAUAAUUCUCCUACUAACGAGAGAGAAAAGUUUUUCAUCGUUAGAAUUCGAAUUAGAUCGGAAAAUGAUGAGUGCCAAAAUUCCGAAUGCUAAUUUGAAUUCGUUAAACAUCGUGUUCAUCAGUUUUGUUUUCUUUAUAAUUAUGGUGUAUAUAUACGAUCGAUUACGACGUAUAACGAGAAGAUUAUCUACAAGAGAUUAGAUUUUCGCUUAUUAUAAAGCGUGUUACUGCCAUCGUAGAAGAGAAGAGACGUUCAUUAAAAAUUCUUAUUUGCUCGUCGUUUAUAAUGAACAAACGGAUGGGCGAGAUAGAUAAAAAAGUGUUAGAAGGAGUAUCGUCUGUUAUAAUACAGACUUUGAUGCUAAUCGAACAGCUAAUAACGAGGAUCGACAACAAUCCAUUUAGAGGGAUAGCACAACUAUUUUCAUUGCUUUUCAUUUCUUUUUUUUUUUCUUUUUUUUAUCUCCAUUUCUUUUCCUUUCGAUAUCGAUGCGCUUUGAUAUCGAGUCGUUUACUAAUACGUUAAAAAGAAAAUAAAUAAAACGAUCAACUGUGUUUUUUACAGUUAAAGUAGAUAACCGAAAACGGUUUGAUGAUUCGCGUGUUUUUAAUACGCGAAGAUGGAAAAAUAUUUGUAAAGACGUGAAAUCGACAUCGACUACCGAACGUGUCAUCGUCUUGUACAUAUAUAUACACUCAUACAACGAGCUUAUUUUUUCUUUUUUCUUUUUGUUUUUUAUUUCAUUAUUAAGAACAUCAAUCAAUCGUGUUUUUUGAGGUAAAGCGUAGAGAGAUAGUUAUACGUUUUGUGUAAAGUUUUUCACGAUUUACCACAAGGACACAUUUAACAAAAUUCUUUUACGACGAAUUACGAUUACAGGACAAUUCUAUUGCAAUCGCGAUGAUGACCCCAGAUUAUUCGCACGAUGCUUACCGUGUAAGCGUACUCAUUUGUGUGUAUCGAAAAAAAAAAAAAUAAAAAUAGAAAUAAAGUAAAAUAAAAAUAAAGAUAAAAAAUAAAAAUAAAAUAAAAAAAAUUAGCAAUAAUGUAUUGCUAACGCUUGCUCGAAUUCAUUAAAGAUGACUAGCGACGCACUUAAAUCCACAAUCGACGAAAUGCAUUUUGCAGACCAUUUUACAUCUUUUAUAUUAUACGUUAUGACGUAUCGCAACGAUGUUAUUCGAAUGCAUUUUCAUAAAAAUCGCGUACAUCGAUAUUACUCGAGUAAGUACGUGUUGGUGUCUUAAAAGAAGAUUCACCAUUAAACGUUCAACAUUGAACGUUCGACGAAAAACUUGCAAGUUUUUCGCAAUUAAAGGAACAAUUGAUGAUCGAUCGAACGAUACAUCGAUCGUACUUGUACAUUUAUGAUUUAUGUACUGCAACGAUAACGAAGGAGAGAGAGUAUGCAAUAAUAGCUAUACUUCUCGCUCUCCUUCUUUUAGAAUAAUGUGGGAUUUUAAAAAAUACAAAAAAAAGUUAAUAAAAGAAUGAAAGAAAGAAAAAAAGAGAGAGUAAGAAAGAAAGAGAUAGAGGGAGACAGAGAGAAACGUUGAAGAUAAAGAUACGAAGAUAAAAUAAAAAGUUUGUUGACAUGAUCGACGACGAUCUAUAUCAUCUAUCGUACCAGUAUCAACGAAAUGUACAACUUUUUUCAAACGAUUCCCUCGUUUCAUUACUAUCAUUAUUAUUAUUAGUAAUAUUAUUAUUAUUAAUAUUAUUAUUAUUAUUUUUCUUUUUCUUUUUCUUUUUUUUUUUUACACAACUAUCUUAGCUAAUUCCUUUAACGACUAUAAUUGUGUUAUAGAUCAUGAUUUCAUCCGUACAAUCGUUCGUUUUGAGAGGACAAAUGUAAAUAGACGGUUUCGAAAUCGUUUUUUCGAUACUAUCGAAUAGUAUUACGUCUAGUAUAGCAUGGCGCUGUUCUUAAAUUUUUAACUAUUUCGAAGCUUCAAUUUUACGUUUUCUUCUUCGAAAUGAUUUUUAAUCAAAUGAUGGAAUAUUAUUUGGUAGAGUCGGACGUUUUACUUUGAUGUAUCGAAAUUGAUCGAACGACGAAUUCGAAGGGAUAAAUUCUAAUUUGUUCGUCGAUCGAUUGAUAGAUAAAUCGAUAGACAGAUAGAUCGAUUUCACCGUCUCCCAUUAAUAUUUUCUUCUCCUUUAGCCCAAACUUGAAAGUUAUCUUGUGCUUUGGAGAUUUUACUUUGAAUAAUUGUGAAAUUAACGUUCAUCGAUUGAAUGUUUUUAUAAUAGACGAUUAAAAUUUUAUGAGUUUUGAAAUUUUAAUAUCAACUGGAAAUAUCAUUUGAAUUAUUUUUACGUAUUAGAUUUUUUUUUAAAUUUAAUCCAUUUUACGUUUUGUUGGGCAUCUUUCGUUUCAUCGGUUUCUCUCAUUUUCAUUUUCAUUUCAUCGAAAUAUAUAAGUAAAUAUGGAGAAGUAAGGUAUAUUAAAAAAAAAAAGAGGAAAAAGAAAAGAAAAAAAAUUUGCGCUUUUACUUCUCACUUACAUUCAUGAUACAUGUAUAAAGUACCUGAGAAAUCAAAAUAUUUUACGUUUAAUGAUAAUAUGCAGUAUCUCUUCGCUUGCAUUCAUGAUGAUGCAUUUUUCAUUUCAUGUUCUUUUUUUUUGUAUUUUUUUUUGUAUUUUAUAUCAAGACAUCCACAUAUCGUGGCUGUUUAAACUUACAAGAUGCGUUCGAUUGAUAAAUACAUAACAAUCGUAUUCGUAUCUCCUGCAUGCGAUCCUUUUCCUUAAAAAU